AUGGAUGCUCUCACGGUCGAUCAUUCUCGAUCAGCAUCGUGCCCCCAGGCGGGACUCACUCCGGAACCACCAACGCUCUGCCAGGUCUACCCUACUCCACAGGACGAGGCUGAAACAGACGUCGAUAUAAUUGCCAUCCAUGGCCUCGAUGCGGAGUCUCCAGAUACGUGGGCGCUUGCUAUUGGGUAUUCACUCUCGACCUGGGUCAAACAAAAACCGACCUCUCCUGUUCAUCGCUUCAUGACUGGGUGGCAUCAUCCUGAGUCGGGCGAUGCAACGGGCGGCGUGAUUUUCCUCGCCACGCCGUUCAGAGGGACUGUGUUUAAGGACCUAGCUGGAGCAGCAGUCACUUUCCUGCGAGGCUACGCUAGGCUCGUAGACAAAUUAGUCACUGAGCUGCUCGAGAGCAUGACAAAAUCGACUGAUUUUCUUCAGGAUCUCAUGGGAGAUUUCACGCGGCUAGUUGAUAAAAGCUCUGCCCGUCUCGAUAUCGUCCCGAACCCAGUUGCCCUUGAACGGACCCAUGUUGAGAUGAACAAGUUUUAUGGCCCUGAAGAUCCGGGAUAUGUUGCCGUUUCUGGGAAGAUUAAAAAUAAUCUUGAGGAGAUUCGUGACGGCUCUCCGCUUAAGACAGCUGACGACUGGAUACGCGAGGAUCACUAUACUGCGGACAGGCUUAAGAUUAAACGACUCUCGGGCGAAUUGUUGCCGAUGGGUCAGUGCUACAUAAAUCUCGCUAUUGUGGAGCACCCCAGCCAAAAUGCAGACCAUUUCAAGAAAGAACAAGAAGAAGGAAAUACAUCGUCCUCCCCGUUUUCCAUCCUCGCUCGACUUAAGGUUGAGACACCGGACAGGAAGAUCCAGGUCGAGUUGCCGACUCUUUUUAACGCACGCAAAGGAUCCAACUAUCACAUGGCACAACCAAGAAGGAUUCUGAUCAGAGGGCGGGCCGGAGUCGGGAAGACAACUUUAUGCAAAAAGAUCGUUCAUGACUUUAUCCAGGGGGUAUGGAGAGACAAGUUUGACCGCGUACUCUGGGUACGUUUACGGAGACUGAAAGGACAGCAGGACGUACCAUACAACCUUGGGAACCUAUUAUACGAUGAAUAUUUCUCGCAGCACCCACAAGGCGUUUCUCUCGCCUCCUCGUUGUGGAGGACAUUGGUUGUCAACAGUGAUAGGACUCUGUUCAUCCUCGAUGGGCUUGACGAAGUAAUCCAAAACUUGAGCUUUGACGACCAGAAGUCCGAUUUCCUUCAGCGCCUUUUGAAUCAACCCAAUGUGAUUAUUACAUCCCGGCCGCACAUAUCACUUCCAGUGGGUGUCCGUUCUCCCGACCUUGAACUGGAGACGAUCGGAUUCUACCCAGAUCAGGUGACGGAAUACAUACAAAAUACCUUUACGGAGUCAAAAAGAGCCGAUGAGAUUCAAAAAUUUCUCCAAAAACAUCAGCUCAUUCACGAUCUUGCGCGGAUCCCGAUUCAAUUGGAUGCGCUCUGCUACACCUGGAGCAGUUUCCGUGGCAAAAUUACGCCACGGACUAUGACCGACGUCUACAAAAGUAUCGAGGUAAACUUAUGGAAGAAGGACAUCUUGAGAUUAGAGAAACAGCAUGAAGGGAUGCGGGUGUCGUGGUCUGAUAUCGAAGACGCGCCGCUGGACCAGAUCGAGAAUUUCGUAAGCGCGGAGAUCUAUCUUCUUGAAGGCCUCGCUUUUACUGGGCUGUACAACGAUGUAAUAGAGUUUACGUCAGAGCAUCGGAGUGCCGUAUCUAAGCAGUUCAAGUUACUAGGCACGAAUAUCUUGCUUGACAGGACUCUUCCACAUCUCUCCUUUCUACGGACGUCGGACCCUUCAUCAGACGACUACAAUCGAGAUUACCACUUUCUGCACGUAACGUUCCAAGAGUAUUUUGCGGCACGGUAUUUCGUGAGACAGUGGAAAUAUCGACAACGGCUCAAAUGUCUGACACUCGGCGAAGGAAGGAAUGCAGAAAUCGAGCCUUCCAGUUUUAUUCAGAAUCACAAAUAUAACGCACGUUGCGAUAUUUUCUGGCGCUUUGUCGCUGGCUUGCUUAACGCCGAAGAGACGUUUCGCUUCUUCCAGACUGUCGAAGAGGAGCCGCGUGACCUCAUAGGCCCCAUGCAUCAGCGACUAAUAAUGCAUUGCUUGAGUGAAGUGAUGCUAGAGGAGGUGUCGAUUUUCACGCCACUUCGAACGAAGCUGGAAGUCCAGCUGUCACAGUGGCUGUUGUUUGAAUGCAAAUUUCGGGGAGGAUCACAUUUGGCCAACGAAAAGGAGCUUCCAGAGCAAGCCCUGAAAACAGCCUUGCAACAAUCGUCUGGAGAUACAGGAGUGACGCUACUACGAGUUCUAAAUAGACGAUCAGCAAUUCCAUUAUGGGGCCUGGAAGUGGCAGCCUCAUGUCUAAAGGGAAAUAUCAAUGAAAGCAAAGCUAUUGCCGCCCUGAACAUGCUCGGAAGCCGAAAAGAAAAUUUAUCUUCUGGGAUCCUGCAAGCUAUGGCAUCGCGGCUCGAGGAUCCACAAAAGGAAGUCCGACAGGCGGCAGUCGACGCGCUCAAGGGCCGAUCAGAGCUACCUCCUGAGAUAUUGCAAGCGAUAGCAGCACGAUUCAAGUAUCCACACAAAGAUAUCCGACUGGCGGCAGUUAGCGUGCUCAAAGGCCAACUAGAGCUAAAUAUUGAAAUACUUCAAGCCAUAGUGGCACUGCUCGAAGAUACAGAUAUAUAUGUCCGGCAGGUAGCAGUUAACAUGAUCAAAGGCCGAGCAGAGCUACCUCUUGAGGUAGUACAAGCCGUAGCAGCACAGCUUGAGGACCCAAGGAAAUUUGUCCAUUCAGCGGCAGUCAAUAUGCUCAGAGGCCGAUCAGAGCUACCUGCUCAAAUUCUUCAAGCUAUAGUGGUACGGCUCGAGGAUCCAAGAAGUUUUAUUCGAUUAGCGGCAGUAAGGGUUCUCGAAGGCGUAUCCGAGCUACACUCUGAGAUUCUUCACGCCGUGGCGAGACAGAUCAAUGAUCCAGAUAAGUAUGUCCGACAGGCAGCAGUCAACAUGAUCGGACGCCGAUUAGAGCCACGCCCAGAGAUACUGCAAGCCGUGGUAGCACGGCUCGAGGAUCCGGAGGUACUACAAGCUAUAGCGGCACGGCUUCAGGAUUCAAAUAAGCGUGUCCGAUAUGCGGCAGUCAAGGAGCUCGAAAGCCGACCAGAGCUACCUUCAGAGAUCCUACAAGCCGUGGAAUCACAGGUCGAGGAUUCGCACAAUGAAUUCCGACAGGCGGCAGUCGAAGUGCUCAUGGGCCAAUAUGAGCUACCUCCUGAGAUAUUGCAAGCUAUGGCAUCGCGGCUCCAGGACCCAGAGGAGUGUGUCCGACUGGCGGCGGUCAAUGCGCUUAAAGGCCGAUCAGAGCUAACCCCUGAAAUACUGCAAAUAAUAAGGGCACGGCUUGAGGAUACGAACAUAAAUAUCCGAAAAGUAGCAAUUAAUGUGGUCAGAGGCCGAACAGAGCUACCCCCUAUGAUACUGCAAGCUGUAGCAGCGCAGCUCGAGGGUCCACAAGAGGAUAUCGAUUUCCGAUGGGGGGUGGUCGCACGGCUCGAAGAUCCGGAUUGGGAUGUCCAACGGACGGCGAUCGGCGCGCUCGAAGGCCGAUCAAAGCUACUUUCCGAGGUACUGCAAGCUGUGGCGGCACAGCUCGAGGAUCCACACAAGGAUGUUCGACAGGUGGCGAUCGACGUGCUCAAUGGCCGAUCAGAGCGACCCCCCGAGCUACAGCAAUUGAUAAUGGCACGGCUCGAUGAUCCAGAUUGGCUAGACCGUAAUCAACACUGGCUUCCAUAUAGCAUUGGACCUUGGAAUCGAAAUUUACCGGACCUAGCUGUUGACGUACUCAUAGGUCAAUCAUCCCUGCCAUUUGAGAUUGUCAACCAACACUUCCAAUCUUUAUACCGGAUUCUGCUAAAGAGAGGCUUUGAGGAACAUCUAGGUUGGUAUAUCACGGGUGAAAUAUCCUACAUUGGAGUAGGUGUCAGGAAAGUUCCUCUAAAGGGCCAGCAAGCUUGGUUGAAGGACACAAUUCGAGAAGAGUGGAACGACUUGGGCACUCCUCUUCCUGACGUUCAGUGGAUGUCGGGGAGACAACUACUGCUAAGGGUCACACGCCGCUUCAGGGGCCUGUUCUCUAGUGCGAAGCCGCGCGUUCCCCCACUCGAGCGUGGAGAUUAUACAUACAAGAUGGACAGCAGGCUGCCUGGGUAA